UUAACCAGAUCGAGAGAGACAGAUGGACACACAUGAUACACAUUAUCUCGGGAGUGGAGCGGAAAUGGUCGACGUCGUAGGCAGCCCUCGGCGGCGACGCAUCCUUAGGUCAUAAUCAGGCCAAUGAAGCGAAAGUAACCAAGGUGAAGCAUCUAGAAACGGAAACAACGAGGGAGGACACCAUUUUGGAUGACAGAAGAGGCGACAUGCUUCGGGGAAGGAAGGAUUUGAGUACAGUUGCAGUGUCAGAGAGAAGGGGUAAGCAGAUUCGUUUCCCCGCGUAGAGCUGUCGGUACUGUUUCUGAAUGGAGGGCUUGCACGUUCCUUGUUGCCGUGCUGGACUGAUGACGCUGCAUUUGCGUUGAACUGUGGUCGAAACUCAUUCCGCAUGUUCGUUCGGACACAGGUUGGAAUAGUUUAAUCGGUUUCGAGUGGUCGUCGAUCGGCACCUGGUGGAAGCUAAGAGCGUUAGCCGAGGGUUUCUAUUUUUGCGGAGAUUGAGGAUCUCGAGGAAGUGGAGAAGGAUUCUUACGGGAUGCGGACGGAGGUCGGUGCUUUGCGAGAACUUUGUUUGGUUGGGGUAGGGAUCGGCGGUGCUGUUGUGUGGUGGUGUCGGAGGUGUGGGCAAAGAGAAGACUAGAGCAUGCGGGUGAAUGAAGUGGAGUGACGAAGCUGGAGAAGUGCCGUUAGCGGUAUUGGUCGGGGAAGGAGGAGGCGGGGUUGGGGUGUGGUGGCUGGAGUAAAGGAUGCAGUCUCUUCAUCGCCAGGGCUUGCAGUGCUGGUGUUUGCUACUGCUGUGCUUGUCGAAUGGAGUUCGCGCGACUGUGGAAGAAGGAAAAAUAUUGAUUGAUUGGAAAGCACAAUUGGAAUAUCCAAAUGAUAAGCUAAGAACUUGGUCAGGAAGUGAUCCCUGUUUCAAUACAAAUCCAUGGGACCAAGUUUCUUGUGAUCCAGAUGGAUUUGUGAUACGAAUAGGUCUUGGAAGUUCUAAUUUGACAGGGACAUUGACACCUGAAUUUGGACAAAUCAAAAGAUUGAAUUCAUUGAUUCUUUCUGAUAAUCACUUCAAUGGAAGUAUACCUGAAGCAUUGGGGGACCUUUCAGAACUUAUCUUUUUAGACCUUUCCAAUAAUUAUCUUUCUGGAUCCAUUCCAAGUACUUUGGGCAAUCUCACUAAAUUAAACGUUCUUAAAUUGAACAAUAAUCACCUUUCAGGAUCUAUUCCAAUAGAACUUGCUGCCCUUCCUAAUCUUCGUGAUAUACACUUAGAAUUUAAUAAUCUAUCAGGGAGAAUUCCAAUUUCAGGUGUAUUUGGAACUGCUUCUUCAUCCAAUUUUGCAGGGAAUCCUUUGUUAUGUGGAGAUCAAAUUGCAAAUCAAUGUGUUGGUGAUCCACCACGUUCAAGUUCAACAUCAAUUUCAAUAGGACCUAUAAUAGGAGGAGCACUUGGAGGUAUUGUGUUUCUUGCAAGUGUUGGUGGUUUGUGCUUUUGGUGCAAGCGACGCCAUCCUAGUGAUGCCUUCUUUGAUGUGCCUGAAGAAGAUACUCGAGUAAACUUAGGACAAUUGACACGCUUUACUCUUUCACAACUAAAAAAUGCAACUGAGAAUUUUAGUAGUAGGAAUGAAAUAGGACGUGGUGGAUUUGGUAUUGUAUACAAGGGAGUAUUAUCUGAUGGAACUCAAUUGGCAAUCAAGCGUCUUAAAUUGGAAAGUCGUAGCAUUGGAAAUGAAAAACAAUUUCAAACUGAGGUUGAAAUUAUAAGCAUGGCAUCACAUCGAAACUUAUUGCGACUAUAUGGCUUGUGCACAACUCCUACAGAGCGAUUACUUGUAUAUCCUUAUAUGGCAAACAGAAGUGUUUCUUUUCAAUUAAAAAAAACUGACCAUGGAGCACCUGCUAUGACUUGUCAAAUGCGGAAACGUAUUGCUCUAGGAGCAGCUAAAGGUCUUGCAUAUUUGCAUGAACAAUGUAAUCCUAAGAUUAUUCAUCGUGAUGUCAAAGCUGACAAUAUUCUUUUGGAUGAUGAAUUUGAAGCUGUGGUCGGAGAUUUCGGCUUGGCAAAGCCUAUUGAUUUUAAAAAUACACAUGUUACUACAGCAAUUCGAGGAACAAUUGGCCAUAUUGCUCCGGAGUACAUGUCAAGUGGAAAGUCAUCAGAAAAAACAGAUGUAUAUGGGUAUGGAAUUACAUUGCUACAAUUAAUUACUGGACAAAGUGCUCUAAACUUAUCUCGCUUGGCAGAUGAUGAUGUGAUGCUUUUGGAUUGGGUGCGAAAAUUGGAAAAAGAAAAUAAUGUGGAGAAAAUGAUAGAUCCUCACUUAAAAGAGUACAACAUGAAUGAUAUUAAAGAGUUGCUAAAGGUUGCAUUGUUGUGUACGGAGAAUAAUCCUACAUCUCGACCAAAAAUGAGUGAAGUAGUAAAUAUGCUAGAAGGAGAAGGCUUAGAAGAGCGAUGGGCAGAGUGGGAGCAAAGAGAAGUUCAACGAAACCAAGAAGCAUUAGACAUGCCUCAUCUUCCUGUGGGAUGGAAUUUAGAUUCUAAUUCUUCUUUCAUGCAAGCUCUUGAACUAUCAGGGCCAAGAUAGUAGAAUGUUAUCUCAGAUUUAGGACAAUUAAUUAGCAAACACCUUAUUUAUUUGUUAAUUUAUUUGCAUUCAUGCUUCAUGAGUAAGCUACCAUUUUAGUAAGCAUUUACAUACAAUCCACAUUUUUUGUUUUAUAUCAAGUAAGAAUACAAAAAGAAUGAAUUGUGAUUUUGUA